AUUACAAAACUGCUCAAGUUGGCCUUACAGAGCCCUAUAAAGCAGCCCAUCUCUGUCGCUCCACAUACUGACCCCUCCUGACUCUCGCUCUCUCCAGAAUGGGUCUGCUCCUACCCCUGGCAGUCUGCAUGCUGGCCACAUCCUGCAUGGUGGCAUCUCUGCCCGAGCAGGUCCUCAUGCCCUCCCCUCUUCUUCUCUCCCAUGGCUGCAACAACUCGGACGUGCUGGCAGUGGCUGGCUUCGCCCUGCAGGACAUCAAUAGUGACAGAAAGGAUGGCUAUGUGCUGAGCCUCAACCGAGUGAACAAUGUCCAAGAGCACAGACAGGAUGCUCUUGGAUCUGUGUACUAUCUCACACUAGACGUGUUAGAGACUGACUGCCAUGUGCUCAGCAAGAAGGCGUGGAGGGACUGUGGGGAGAGGAUACUUCACCAAUCGGUUUAUGGUCAAUGUAAAGCAAUAAUUUACGUUAAUAAGCCAAGAAGAAUCCUCUAUUCACCUGCUUACAAUUGUACUCUUCGCCCAGUUUCUCGAAGAAAGAUUCGCAGUAGGUGCCCUGACUGCCCCAGCCCCAGCCCCACUGACUUGUCAGAUCCCAAAGUUCUGGAAGCUGCCACUGAGUCUCUUGCAAAAUACAACAAGGAGAGCACCUUGAAGCAGUAUUCUCUCUUCAAAGUCACCAGGGCUUCUAGCCAGUGGGUGUUUGGCCCUUCUUAUUUUGUGGAAUAUCUAAUCAGAGAGUUACCAUGUACCAAAUCCCCAGGGACUGCUUGCAUACUUCAGCUCCCUGACUCUCCGCCUGUUGGUAUUUGCAAAGGUUCUCUGAGUAAAAGAGGAUUAGAAAAGUUUGUCGACGUGUCUUGUAACUUCUUUGAAUCACAGGAACUUGUGAGGAUCCUCACGGUGGAAGAGCCACAGCAGAAAAACACAGCCCUCACUGACUCACCCUCCGAAGUUGCGCCAAAAGGAUCUGUCCAACACCUCCCUGAAUUGGAGGAUGAGCAGCCCGAAGAUUCCAAGGGAAAAAGCCCUGUUGAGGCUUUCCCUGUGCAGCUGGAUCUAACCACGAAUCCCCAGGGAGAAACCCUGGAUGUCUCCUUUCUCUUCCUGGGGCCUAUGAAGGAGCAGCUGGUUGUCUUGCCUUUCCCCAAGGAAGAGCAACGCUCUGCCGAGUGCCCAGGACCAGCCAAGAUGGACAACCCUCUUGUUCUCCCACCAUGAGAAUCACAUAGACUAUUCCAUGGGGACACGGUGCCCUGAAGAAGUGCUGGGGGUGGGAGACAGACAGAGAGUUUGAUUGUGGAGAGUGGCUAAUAAAGUGUGUCUUUUUGACUCUU